AUGUUACCGUUUAUACCCAGUAUAUUAACUUUGAUAGUAUUAGAAAGUCGGCAUGUAUCUGCCGGACUUAUUCCUGCAUCGGCUAGAAUCGCUAUAGGGGAAAGAGAUCAUCAACCAGAUUACACAGAUGAAGAAGAUUUUGAUUUAAAUGUAAUGCUAUUUUCUUUGGGAACAAUGUUUCUAAUGUAUAUUCUAGUAUGUGUGAUUUAUUUACUCGUUAAAUUUAUCCUCUCUAGAUUAGUUACUGGUUCAGAUAGACUUACCGGUACUAGGAACCAACGAAUUUCUUUAACACGUGGUGAUCAUGAUCUUGAUAGAAAUGCAAGACUUAUAGAAAAUAUGAAUUUAAGAUGGCCUACUAUAUUAGAUGAUCCAGAUGAAGUAAGAGGGAAAAUAGAUAGAUUAACUCCAGAAGAACAAUUUUAUUAUAGACAAGGUGAAGAAUAUAUUAGAAAUAAUCCACCAAUUUUGGUAUCUUAUCAACCAACAGAAUCUGGUGAAAUUAUUGAUCCAAUAAUAAAUGAACAAACCAAACAAUUUAUUGAAGAAGAAGGUGCUAAUGCAUGGGAAUUUUCACCUGAUUCAAAUUUACCUAAUGAUACUAUCUUAGUAGAAAAUAAAACUGAAAUAUCAUUCUUAAAUUACAAUUAUGAUGCUUCAGUGACAACAAAUUUACCAAUACCUUGUAUUAAUAGAGUUUAUUAUUGCGAAUUUAAAAUUUUUGAAGUUAAUACAGGGGAUGGUAAGAUUAAUAACAAUCUUAACAAUACUACAAAUAUAUCUACAAUGCCGACAACAACAGAACCUAUAGAUGAUAAUUCUCAAAGCCAACCAUUGCUAGAUCAUAACAAUAACAAUAAUGAUAAUGAUGAUCAUAAUGAUAGAGUAUCAAAUACACAUUCCAUUGGUUCAUCCUUAGAAUCUUUAGACGACUUUAAUGUGGGUAAUGUAAAAGCUCAAAAUAAUGAACUAAUUUCAUUCGGUUUAAGUACAUCACCUUAUCCAUAUUUCAGGUUACCUGGUAGACAUCAUCAUUCUAUUGCAUACGACUCUACUGGUGGUCGUCGUCUAAAUGACUCUUUUACAUUGGAGAAUCAUUUACAACAUUUGUUUCCAGCAUUUCAAAAGGGAGAUGUCAUUGGGAUCGGUUAUAGAACUAGAAGUGGUACCGUAUUUUUCACUAGAAAUGGUAAAAAAUUAAGUGAAAAAUCUGUAGGUGGUCAUGUUCGUGGUUGGAAAUUUAAAUAUUUAUACCCUAUCAUUGGAGCUAAUAUUCCUUGUAGAGUCCAUGUCAAUUUCGGUACUUAUGGAUUUGUUUACAUCGAGGCAAAUGUCAAGAAAUGGGGUUAUGGUAAAAUUAAUGGUAUGAAAUUACCACCUCCAUCUUAUGAAAAUUAUGGCCAAGAUACAUUAUUAGAAAGUGGAGCAGAAGAUAACGAUGACGACGAUGAUGAUAUCAUAGAAAAUUCAGAAAGUAUUGGGAAUAGUAUGGGUGGUCUUAUUACUACAGGAGAAGGAUUGCGAGAUGUCAAUGGUAAAUUAUUACCACCUCCUCCAGGUUUUGAGUUUAGUACAUCUCCUGAAUCAAUACUAGUCCAGGAAGAAAUUAACUUGGAUUCGUUACCAAUGGAGCCACCUACAUAUUCAGAUAACGAAAGUUCUUAUGCAUUCAAAUUCCUCCCAAGAAACUCAAUGAGUAGUAGUAGAGAUAUCCCAAUUGUCGGAAGUAGCAAGAGGCUAAGUAAUAAGACUCUCAUCGGGAGUAGCACUAGCAAUCGUUUAAGAAAUUCUCCAGAUGAUAAAGAUGAUUAUGAUUUUGAUGAGGAUGACUACGAUUAUGACGAAUACGAAAUUCCAGAAGAUGGAAACGAUGAAGAAGAAGAUAUUGAUACAGAUGAGGAUGAAGAAGAAAUCACAGACGAGAUGCAACAUAUGAUCUCUCAUCAAUAA